AUGGCCAUCACUUCUCUGCAGCUGCCCUCUCAGAUCCACGGCCUUACUCCUGCUAGAAAUGGGCGCACCCGCACAAGGUCACGGGCUACUCUGCUUAGCUGCAAACACAACCAGUCAACCAUUGUCCAAGUAGCCAGCAGGACAUCCCGCAGAGAUACCCUGGCAUACAUUUCGUCUGCCUUCUUUGCAAUGUUCCUGGUGGCUGAACAUGCUGAAGCUAGAACCUCCAGACAAGAGAACAAGAGGAAAGUAAUGGAGAAGUUGGAGAAGGUCCGGGAGGAGGCCCUGGGCUCAAAGGAGAAGAAAGAGGACACGAGCAAGGAGUCUGUGGCGAACUUGUUGAUCCCUCCUACUUUGGUCGAUGCUUACAUCUGA